CUAUAUUCAAAACACAGCAAAAAAAAAAAAAAAGAAGUAUCAUUAUGCCCUCACUCUCAUUAUCUCUGUUUCUGCUGCUGCACAGCUGAGAGGUGAGAGAGAUCAGAGCGUGAGGAGUUUUUUUUUUUCUUCUAGAUUAGAGAAAGAAAGAGGGAGAGAGGAAAGCAAAGGGGGGAGGGAGAGUAAACAGGCAGUUAAAGGCAGUAAACACAUCCCAGCUCUCUUCUAAACACAUCAGGCAUAAAUCAACGCUGCAUUUGUCUGUGGUGCCUCUGAAGCAGUCUGGGGACAAACUGGACCAAGUAGGGGACACUGUGUUUGCCCGCCUGGAUUCACUGGAGGAAAUACAGCCUGAAUAAAGUUUGUGAGUAAAAACUUUGAUUCACCAGCAGAGAAGAAGAAACCAGAGUUAACCGCAGCCAUGGCCUCAGACGUCUCCUACAGCUUCCCUUGCGUUUGCACCAAGAGGAAACAGCAGCACCUCUUCCUUCAGCAGCAGACCAGAUCCACCUCCGGACCCCACUGGCCUCUCCUCCACCCCAGGACCCUGCUCCUCCUGCCCCUGCUCCUCCUGCUCUUCCUCUCCCUGUGGAGCCAGCAGGCUGAGGCUGUGGUCCACUCCAGCUUCAGGCGGCUCAGCGGCCGCGAGAAGAAGGAGAUGCAGAAGGAGAUCCUGUCCAUCCUGGGUCUGCCUGGACGACCCAGACCCCACCCGCCCCUACGACCCCCCUCCUCUGCACCGCUCUUCAUGCUGGACCUCUACCACGCCAUGUCAGCUGAUGGGGAGGAUGAAGGGAAUGAAAUAAUCGUUAACGGGCCUGGCAUGGGGAAGUUUGGAGGGGCAGAAAGGUUGGCUCAGGUCAACCACGCCGCCCUGCCAACCCUCAGCACACACACUCCGCCGCUGGGGACGGUGGUCAGCGAGGCCGACACCGUGAUGAGCUUCGUCAACCUGGUGGAGCAGGAGCGCGACCUCCUGCAGCCUCGUCCGUACUGGAAGGAGUUUCGUUUCGACCUGACCCCCCUCCCUCAGGGUGAGACAGUGACAGCAGCAGAGUUCCGUAUCUAUAAGACCCUGACCAUGGGCCAGAGGGCAAACCGCACACUGCACAUCUCCGUCUACGAGAUCCAGCGAGAGAACCGACACAGAGAGCCAGAGCUGGUGCUGCUGGACAUGCAGUCUGUGCCUGCAGGGCAGGAGGGCUGGCUGGCCUUCGAUGUCACCUCUGCCUCCAACCACUGGCUCCUCCACCCCCGCAGCAACCUGGGCAUCCGUCUCUAUGUGGAGACUGAGGAGGACCGCUCACUGUCUGCAGGCUGGAUUGGGUUGGUGGGUCGCAGGGGUCCUCGCUCCAAACAGCCCUUCAUGGUGACCUUCUUCAGGGAGAGCCAGGUCCCUUGUCGGCCGCCGCGAGCUGUCAAGCCUCACCCCCGCAAGAAGAAACCCAAAUACGACCUCCCUGUCCCCAGCAUCCAUAAUCGGAGUCCUGCAAACAACGGAGGUCAACCCUGUAAAAAACAUGAACUCUACGUCAGCUUCAGUGACCUGGGAUGGAAGGACUGGGUUUUGGCCCCAACUGGAUAUUCAGCCUACUACUGUGAUGGAGAGUGUUUUUACCCUCUGGGCUCCUGCAUGAACGCCACCAACCACGCCCUCAUCCAGCAAGUGGUCCACCUUCUGAAGCCCGAUGAGGUUCCUAAGGCGUGUUGCGCUCCCACCAAGCUCAGCCCCAUUUCCGUCCUCUUCUAUGACGACAACAACAACGUCAUCCUCAAAAAGCAUCGGAACAUGGUGGUUAAGACCUGUGGAUGUCUAUGAUAAGAGUCCGAAACGAAAAAUGUACAUGGAUGAUUUUUUUUCCAGACACGAACUUUGCAGAAUACUUAAACAUUGGCAAACAAGUUGGAUGACAAAGGCACCAGAUAUCUGAUCUGGGCUCAUGUGGCAUCACUGACUUAACUGUCUUUAAUCAAAUUUUCCAAAUUGGCUUUUUUGCUCAGAGGCUUUAACGUUUUUUGUUUUUUUUUCCCUCAAAUCUGUGGAUAUUUACAUGUUCAAACACUCGGCUGGUCGAGUCAAUACCUGUGACCAGAAAUGUCAGCUCCACAGGCAAUAGUUAGGAGCACAAGAUGUGAGGACAUUUUCUUCUAAAGAGCACAAAUGUUUAAUUUCAUGAACUUUUCUUACAAACUUGGAUCUUUUCAUGCCUGUCUCAUCAGGAACAAACCAUAGACUCCAGUUUAUCACCAAUGGCGUUUUCAGACAGGUUUCAAUUAUGAAAAUGGCAAAUGAUAUUGGAUGGCAGAACAAGCCAUUAGUGAUGCCUGUAUGUUUUUUUUGUUUGUUUUAUAAGGAAAUUGACAGCACUAUUGUUGUAACACAAAUUUAUAUGAAGAGACUAUUAAAAUGUAUUCAAUUAAUAAAAUAAUAUUUACAUUAUCUUGACUUAUUGUAGCAUGAAAUGGACAGAGGGAAAGUAAACAAUCAAUCCAAUCGAAUAAGUUUCAAUUGGUCCUCUUCCCCCACUGAAGUGAACCAAAUUUUACUAAUGUAAAACAAAAUGUGAAACUUUCAUUCUGGUGUCACCUUAAAGAUUUCUGGAAUAAUAGUAAAUCUAUUUUAGACCAGUGCCAGAGUAAAAUGUUACAGUGCAGCAUCAUGUACAAAGUCGAUGAAGACCGGUCACAUUAAAUACAUUGUUCAGUUUAUUGAAAAGGGUAAAAAAAAAAAAAAAAAAUACAGUGAGUAAAUUCAUGAAAUUUUUGCCUACUAGUGAACAUAUGAACCAAAAAGAACAGUGAAGAAAUAUUUUUGGCAGGUACUGGAUUAAAUCUAAUUUUCAGUCCUUGGGGGCGACUUAUGAUUUUCUUUAAAAACUAUAGCUGAAAGCAUCGAUGAGCACAGAACUGUGUAUGUUAGAGGGGUGUGAGAACAAAGUUAGCGCUUGGUUUUCAAAACAAAUCUUGUCCUGGUUUAACUUAAGUGGGACAAAGACAUUAUUGCCAAGAUUAUUUAGGGAAAGGUGCCCGAGGAGGACGACGGUAAAAUGAGUAGUAGAAGAAGAAUUUUUUCGGGGAAAGAAAAAAAAAAA